UUCCCCCCUUGUUUAAGUAUAGCGCUUAGCUUCAGACUCCUCUCUCAUCUUCCUCCUUCCAAAUACCAAAAACUCUUCCAGACUCUCACAGAAAAAAAAUUAAUAAUAAUAAUAAAUAAAUAAAGGCUUUGGAAAUUUAGUCUGUGUUUGUUCAUCUUCAAUUGGUGCGAUCGAUUCAAUGGCGGAAAAUCAUCGGACCGCAGAAUCAGAGAAGUUGCUUCUGAAGCAACACGCCGAGAAGCACUUCACGGCCGGCGAGAUCGUCCGCGAUAUCAUCAUCGGUGUCUCUGAUGGCCUCACCGUCCCCUUCGCUCUCGCCGCCGGUCUCUCCGGUGCCAACGCUUCCUCCUCCAUCAUACUUACCGCCGGCAUCGCCGAGGUGGCCGCCGGCGCCAUCUCCAUGGGACUCGGCGGGUAUCUGGCGGCAAAGAGCGAGGCAGAUCACUACGUGAGGGAGCUGAGGAGAGAGCAGCAAGAGAUCGUGACCGUCCCUGAUACAGAGGCAGCGGAGGUAGCGGAGAUACUGGCAGAAUACGGGAUAGAGGAGCAUGAGUAUAGACCCGUGGUCAAUGCUCUCAAGAAGAAUCCCCAGGCUUGGCUUGAUUUCAUGAUGAAGUUUGAGCUGGGAUUGGAGAAACCGGAUCCAAGGAGAGCAGUACACAGCGCGCUCACGAUUGCGAUUGCAUACAUCGUGGGUGGAAUAGUCCCCCUAAUCCCAUACAUGUUCAUUCCAAUCGCCAGAAAGGCUGUGAUCGCAUCAGUAAUCUUAACUCUAAUCGCGUUGCUAAUUUUUGGCUAUGCGAAGGGUUACUUCACCGGAAAUAAACCCAUCAAGAGUGCACUGCAAACAGCGUUGAUCGGAGCGGUUGCAUCUGCAGCUGCAUUUGGCAUGGCCAAGGCUGUCCAAAGAGGAUAGUUAGUCCCCCUCACAAAGUGAAUGCCUGAAUAAAUAGCUCUUUUAGCAAAGUUAUAAAUUCUAUUCUAGCUUUGUAUUGAAGUCCAGAACUGCUUUCAGUGUGCUUUGUUGUUAGGUUUAUUUUUAAUCAUGUUUGAAGCAGAUUUAUGAGGCAAGCACAGGUCUAGUCCUGGCUGGUAAAAUGUUGAUUGAAUUAUGACCAAAAAAAGAAAGAAAACAAAACAAAACAAAAUGAAGAAAAGUGAAAAAGGAUACAGAAAAAAAAAGAAAUAAAAAUCUAAAUUGGCUAAGCCAUGAUCACUUGGCAGUUGUUUAGUAAUGUUUAUAUUUAUAGUUUUCUAUGUAUAUUUAUAGAAUUUUGAAAAUUGUAAAGAAAAAUUCGUUUGUUGUCUA